UCCCGGCUUGCGGGAUCUUGUGUGUACUUGUACCUCCGUAAGAAACGAAGAGAAAUCUCGUCCGAAUACGUUGUCAUGGCGUUUCCUCCUCCUCCAAUGGGAGGGCUGCCUAUGAUGCCGCUACGUAUGCCGGGUAACAUGCCUAUGAGGGUCCCCCCUCCAGGGAUGAUGCCAGGGAUGCCUCCACCUUCUCUGCCUUCAGGCGUCCCACCAAAUUUCGUUCCCGGACACAUGGCAGGUGUAAUGUCUAUGCCACAAAUGGCGCCCCCACCAAUACCCGCCAUGACCGCCGUUACCAUGGCCACUGGAUUUCCUCCAAUUCAGCAAGCGUCAGUACCGCAGCCGUUGCUGCCUGGAUUGCCAUUGCCUCCGCCGCCACCAUCAGUAGUAGCAGAAGCAACUCUGAGUGCACCACCUAAACCUGCCACAGUAACACUUCCUGAUGCUCCAGUGACGACUGCAUUUGUUGGCAAUAUUUCAGAGAAAGUCCCAGAUAACGUUAUACGUCAGCUGCUAAUGUCGUGUGGAACCGUUUUGAGUUGGAAACGAGUGCAAGGCGCGACAGGAAAACUACAAGCGUUUGGCUUCUGUGAGUACAAGGAGCCAGAGGCGACACUACGAUCACUACGACAACUUCACAACUUGAGACUAGCAGAGAAGACUGUAACGGUAAAGGUCGAUGCUAAGACUCGAAAGCAGUUGGAUGAGUAUCUGAUUGCUAAGAAAGCUGCUCUGAGUGGUCAACGUCUACCUGAGAAGACAGAAGCGACUCAGAAUGGUGAGGAAGACCCGAAAUCAACAGAAGAACUGGAUGACGUAACAAAGGCCGAAGAUGAACAGGUUAGGAACCAUAUUCUUCUCUUAUUGAAACAGAACCAAGCCACAUGGCAUGGAAAUGACGAGGAGCUCAAUCGAAGUGUUGCCGAAUCCAUGCUGACAGUUGCCAAGCAAAAGGGCCUCGUUGAGAAAGAUGUAUGUGGAGGUCUUGAAGAUCUCAAUAUGGACGAGAGUGAGAGGCAAUUGGUUACUGAUGAGAUCAGAAAAUUUCGUGGUUCAUAUGCACGGCAUCCUGAUGAACCUCCGAAACGCAGUAAAGAAGAGCGAGAAAGAACACGGCAGCUGUUAGAAAGAGAGAAGACAAAGUCAUCGGAGGAGGAUCAACCAAAGCAGCAACCAAGUGUAUCAGAAGAAAGACAAUCCACCAGAACUCUUGUAGAAGACACAGCCGAGGAGUACCAGAGAUUACGGAAGGAGAGAAAUCAACGACGUAGAGAAGAAGCUUAUGACACACGUUUCAAAGAUUGGGAAAUAAGGGAGAAACGGAGAACUCGAGAGUAUGAGAAGGAAGAUGAAAAAGAAAAGGAAAAAGCUGAAAGAAGGGCUCGAGAUAGGAAGAAGGCUAAACGGCACAUGGAAAAGUAUGAUGAUGAAAAGGAUGACAAACGAUACUACAGUUCUAGUGAUAUGUUUCGUCUGCGUCGUGAGCGCCAAAUGGAGAUUGAGGAUGACUUGUGGGACAAGCGGAAGCAAGAGGAAGAGAUGGAAAUUGCAAGAAGGAAAGCAGAAGAAGAAGAAGCAAAGGCUAAUGAGCCUCGGCAGCCACUCAUUCAACCUUUAAAAUUACAGACAGCAAAAGCAAAAGCUGAACAACUGCAACCUCAAGCAGUAGCGGUGAAGCCUGCUCCUGCCGUGCCUUUUCCACCAAUUAAGGUAGAAGCUGCUCCUCCUGUAGAAAAGGAACCAGGAGUGACAUCGCCAGUAGUGGACACUACACCUGCUGUUUUACGAAAAAGUCCUCCUACCCUUGUUGGUCCUGAGUAUGUAGCCGCUCAAAUCAAGCGACAGAGAGAAUUAGAAGAGCAAGCAAAACAACUGGCUGAAGCAGAUGCCAAGAAAAAGAAAUUUACUGUACAGCAAGCGUUUUCUUCUGAGCAAGAAGCAGAACAGAUAAUUAUGGAUAAAUUGAAGAGGAAAUUGGUGCCACUGGAAUACACAGAGGAGGAACAGCAGUCCGUUGGUCGGUCAAAUAUACCACAGGCUGACAAAAAGAAGAAAAGUAUCAAAUCAUUGAUUGAGCAUAUACCAACGACAAGAGAUGAGCUAUUUGGAUAUAAGAUCGAGUGGUCGGUCGUGGAUGAGAGUCUAGUCAAAAAUCGUAUCAAGCCAUGGGUAAAUAAGAAAAUAGUCGAGUAUAUUGGUGAAGAAGAACCAACUCUAGUCGAAUUCAUUUGUGACAAGGUUGGCAAGCAUACACCAGCUGAAAGUGUACUCAGUGAUGUCACUAUGGUUCUAGAUGAAGAGGCUGAGUUAUUUGUGAACAAACUUUGGCGUCUUUUGAUUUUUGAAACAGAAUCGAAACUACUGGGUUUGAUUAAGAAAGAAGGCAGUAGUUAAGCUCUUACGAUUUCAUCUUAUAGUAUAUCAGCACGUUUGCUGUUGACUUGUGUAAAAGUGCAUAUACAGCAUAAUGGCAACACUGUACAAGGACAUUA